CGCUCUGGUGAUGAUGAUGAUGACGAUGAUGAUGAUGGUGAUGAUACUGAUUUUGAUGAUGAUGAUGAUGAUGGUGGUGAUGAUGAUGAUGAUGAUGAUGAUGAUGAUGAUGACGACGACGACGCACAGUGCCCUGCGAUCACCUCAAUGACGAACAGCGCCCAGCGCUCUGAUGAUGAUGGCACCCAGCGCCCUGAUGAAGGUGAUGAUGAGCCGCACCCUGCUGAUGAUGCUGAUGACGAUGAUGAUGAUGAUGAUGAGGAUGAGGAUGAUACGGCGACGUAAUGAUCACGAAAAAAUGAUGAUGGCGAUAAACGAAGACACCGGUG